AUGUCGAGUCAGACCGGCCACGUUCCCGUUCACGAAACUUCCCACACAUAUCGCCCGGUCGCACUGGAGGAAGAUGAGCAGAUCAAGAGCGGCAAAGGCUCCGGUCAAGGCCGUCCAUUGUGGACACCUUUUUUCUUACGUCGUUCGACCAUGGUGGCAUUCUUGCUCGCAUUCAUCGCCAUUUUAUGUUCGCUGGCUGGACUUUUCGUCUAUACAACACGCCGGGAUAGCAGCCUGGGAAUCCAGACCGCAGGCAAAAUGUACUACUAUUUAUGGACGUACGGCCCAACCGCCGUGCUCACAGUUUUAGCUUCGUGUUGGACGCAGGUCGAAUAUCGUGUCAUCCAGCUGAUGCCCUGGGUCUUGAUGUUCCGCGGCCCAACAGCUGCAUCAGAGAGCAUCUUCCUCGAUUACUUAUCCAGUUGGAAUGUGGAAUCGUUGUUCAAGUCUAUCAAGCGCAAGCACUACUUGGUAUCUCUUGGCGUUGGAGGCUCACUGCUCCUCAAUGCCGCGAUUGUGUUCUCGACUGGUUUGUUCGAACUACGACCGGUCUCGAUAAGUCAACAGGCCAGCCUAACCGCGACACACAUGUUCGACGGGACCAGUUGGAAUCCACUUUCUAACGAUGGUCGAGCAUUCGCGGGCUGUGUCGGGCUUCUGAAAGCGAACCUGACUCCACCUAUUGGCAUUCACGACAACUACAUUUACCAGCCUUUUCAAAACGCCAAGCUGGAUCCUGUCAAUAAUUAUACCGUCCAGAAACAUCACGGAUAUGAAGCAAAAGUGAACAUUUUCAAGCCAACCCUGGAGUGCUCGAAUGCAACAGUGAGAAUAGACCCGCUGCAUGGUAAGGUCAACCCCAAUGACCCUCAGAAUUCCACAGCCGUUUACACGUCGGAGGAUGGCUGUUCUGUGGACAUUGUCGGUGUCCCAAAAGCUUUGAUUCUCAGCAAAAGGAUUGGAAUCAAUGUCUUUAUUGCUGGAUGCCAGGGCCAGAGCGUUGGUUUCUUCGAUGAAAAUAAUGCGCAUAUGAACUGGAGUGUUGACUGGCGUCUCUGGGCCGAAAUCGCGCCGACCAUGGGGAAUGGCACCAAUGAGUAUGCUGAGCCCGAUGGGUGGGAAAAGAAAGAAAUAAGAGUCACCAUGUGCAAGCCAGGGUAUGACUUUCACCGAGGUCCUGUGAAGAUCGAACGAGGCGCCGGGGAAGGCAACAUCAUCUCUUCCAUAAACCUCAACGACAUCACCAUGGAAAGCCCAAUCACGGACGUGAGUGGCGGAAAAUUGGUUUAUGCUGCUAGUAGGUCCCUUGCGAUCGCAGAUGGCUUCACCGGACUCACUCACGCGACUGGUUAUCAAAAUAUCUACGCGUCGAAUCUCGACCCUGAGCAGCUUUGGGACUCCUCUGAUCUAUUUACAGAGGCAAUUCACAACUCAUUCUCCUGCCUGAUGGGGCAGGUUGCUAAGAACUCUCUUUUGGUUGAAGGCCCACAGAACAUACAAGGUAUUGAGCGAACGACUGAGGCUCGGCUUUUUGUGCGUGAACUUUCAUUUUAUGCAAUGACUGCUCUGAUCGCUCUUCUCUCCAGCAUCGUGAUCUUUCUGCUUUCUCACUACGUCCCCGUCACUGUGUGCUCACGCGAUACAAGCUCCAUUGGAGGGCUAGCCACAAUAUUUGCCCGAAGCCCGGAUUUCAUGGCUGACUUGCACUGGAUUCAUCUACAGUCUGAAACCCAGAUGGCAAAGUCCAUCUUAGGACAAAAUAGAUAUACUUCAGGGAUAUCAGAAGACGGAUCGUUCAGAAUCUCCUCUUACAAAGAGGGCGCUUUUUGUGAUGAGAACAUUGCCACGUUCGUCGAGAAGACAGAAAUUACUUGGUGGCGACCUCUGUCUGCGACCUGGGUUGUUCGGCUUCCUCUAGUGGUCAUGUCUAUUGCCGUGAUAGUUGGCCUAGAAAGUGUUUUUCACAUUUCUGAGAGUUCUCAUGGAAUUGCUCUGGUCGAGGACAAGUCGCCAUACCUUCAUUAUCUGUGGGUCUAUCUGCCGGCAGUCAUUAUGUUUGCCGUGCGAUGUCUUUUUCAAUCUGUUGAAUUCGGUGCACGAAUUAUUCAACCAUACUCUCGCCUCCGAAAAGGAUCCGCUCCCCCGGAGACCACUAUUUGGGAAAAUCAGCUGCGCAAGAUAGCUGCGUACGGAGUAUAUGAUGCUUUUCGAAAGGGACAGUGGGCUCUGGCUACAGCGACAAUUGCAUUGCUUUUAGGAGCGAUCACUCCUAUUUUUGUCUCGGGCCUCUACACGACAGCAGACUCCGAGCCCACAUUUACUUGCCGCCUUGCCCAAGAGACCAAGUGGAAUCUUGAGACACCUUCCAAUGGCUACCAGUCAUACUGGUUCAGUCGGAACUUGACUACAGACCUCAUACCAGGCAUGAUACUUGGGAUGAAUCUAUCAUAUCCCCAGUGGACAUACAAAGAUCUUGCAUUUCCCCAAUUUGCUAUCUCCGAUCCCGAAAAGUCCGCUGUCAAUGGAUAUGUCCAGGCGCGUUUGCCAGCUUUGCGUGGUCGACUUGAAUGUCAAGAGCGCAAAGACAGCAAUUGCACCUAUGAUUCGAUUUUUCAUUCAUGGAAAUGCGAUCCCGAUUUCAACACCAACGGUACUGGAUAUGUUCGAUCUGUUUCAUGUCCCGGAAAGAGAGAGUAUUAUUUUGAUGGAUCAGGCGCGGUUUCCAGACAUGGCCAUCCAACCCACCGCAUGCUAUUCAGCAAAUGCUCCGCAGGCAGUGGAUACAACACAUCGGAAUCCUUGCAUGUGGUGGACUGCAAUGCGAAAAUCGAAGAGGUUGACGUUGAUGUCCGCUUGGAAACGCCAAAUCUGUCCUUUGAUGCCGAUUUUGAACCUAGGGUUGUGGAAGGAUCCACCCGCUUAAUCCCGAAUACAAGCAUACUCUCUUUUGUUGCAUUUGGGGACAUGAGAAGGUUCCUGAUCAACGCGCAGCCUUCAAGCGGCAGUGACACUGUUUCCGAUUCAGGAGACGCCGUGACCUGGACUGCAAUAAAUGGGAUCAAUGGAGUUCCUGGAGAGGAAUUACUGAGCCCGACCACACUCAUAUCGCGGGUGAAUGAAAUAUUUGGAAUAAUCACAGCACAGGCCUUGAAUAGUGGUGGCCGAGAGCCCUUCGACCUCUCUCAAAACCAAUCAUCGAUAAUCUGGCCCACAAUGUCGACAGCGCCGACUUACAAAGCGGUUCUCCAUGACAAGCGAAAAUAUCUGGUUCAGAACAAGGUUUCAACUCGGAUUCUCGAAGCGCUUCUUGGUUCUAUGCUUCUGUGUGCCUUGAUUUCGCUAUUUUUCAUCAAAACAAAAAAGGUUAUUCCUAAAAACCCAUGCAGUAUUGGAGCCGUGGCAAGCCUAUUGUAUGGAUCUGGAAUGCUCAGUCCAGGAGCCAUUCCAAAAGGAUCCGAAUAUUGCACUGACGACGAGUUGAGACAGCGAGGGGUUUUUGAAGAAAAGAAAUUUACAAUGGGAUGGUGGAGGGCAAAGGAGCAAUUGCCAGGGGACAGUGGACCACACCCAACGACCGAGGAAGCUCAAGGGAACUCUGAUCUUGUUCGUACAUCCUCCUAUGCCGCGAACCACUCCGAGGAAAGUGCUUAUCUCAAUGUGGAGGGUGCAAGGGGAAGGAGUAAAAUAUUUGCCAUUGACAUCGAUUCUGGGGAACAGAGAAAGCUCCUACAAUAG